AAAUAAUGAAAAAUAUGCCCCAAAUGUUAGCUAGAUUUCUGUGAAGCACGAACUAUGUGGUUUCUUCAAUAUAUUUUGUGUAUCUUUUUAUUUUUAUAUUUGCCGGUAAGCGCUAUUAACUUUGAGGAAGAAUUCCCAAAAUAUUUUGCCGAGUGUAACUCAAAUGAUGCCACAAAAGUUGACUUGGACGCCGUAGCUAAAGCCAAGAGUGGACAAAAAUUUAAUCCAGAACAGUUGUCUAGCUAUCUUAACUGUAUGUUUACAAAGUUCGGAAUUCAGGAUAAUAAUGGAGAUUAUAAUCAGCAAAAAGUAAAAGAGUUUAUCAAACAUAUUGUCAGUGAUCAAGGAAAUGUUGACACAAUUAUUACCAACUGUGCAAUCAGACCUGAGGGUUCCACUGCAAAGAGUGCAGCCUUAAAUUUACUCGUGUGUCCCGCGAAAUAUGAUAAAUUACGUUAUCCCUCCUUAAAUAGGCAAUCUUAGUUUGAAAUUUUUGUAAAUUGUAAUAAAAAUUUAUUAUAUAGUUAAUAU